CUAACUGAAAUCUGGUUAUUCCGCCGACAUCUUCAGUCACGGGUGGCCACCGAUUACGACGGGAGUAGAAAAACUUAGUACAAGCAAGUCACUUGGUAGUCGAGCGGGAGAGAGUUUAGACAUAAAAAUGGCUUUAGUGCUCGGAACCAUCUAUAAUUAUUAUCACUAUCUUUUCUAUGAAUUCGAGGAUCCGCGUAUGAGUCCCUAUUUUUUGGUGCAUUCGCCGAUUCCUGUUCUGUCCAUCAUAGUACUCUACCUGUUCUUUGUCCUGAAAUGGGGUCCUGAAUAUAUGCAGGAUCGGAAGCCCUACGAUUUGAAGAAUGUGAUAAAAUUUUAUAACUUGUUUCAAGUGUGCUACAAUCUUUACUUCGCGACUUAUGGACUGUGGAACUCGUAUCUUCAAAGUAACUUCAGUUUUGUGUGUCAGCCUUACGAUCCAACGGAUAAUCGAGAAUCUAUGCAGAGAUUGUUGUACGCUGGCUUCAUGUACUAUUUGAGUAAAUAUGUGGAUUUGCUCGAUACUGUGUUCUUCGUUCUGCGUAAGAAAAAUAAUCAAAUCUCUUUCCUCCACGUGUAUCAUCACGCCGGAAUGGUAAUGGGCGUAUACGUUUACCUCAAAUACUUAGCAGGAAGUCAUCCAACACUUUUGGGCAUCCUGAAUGGAUAUGUUCAUGUGUUUAUGUACAGUUAUUACUUUAUAACAUCCUUAGGUGAAAAUUAUUCCAAGAAAUUCGCUUGGUGUAAGAAAUAUGUGACACAAAUUCAAUUGUUGCAAUUCGCCUUGUUGGUCGUACAUUUUAUCCUUCCUUUACUACAAGAAAAUUGCCCGCAUCCGAAAUUUAUUAGUAUGGUCGGCAUCACACAAAAUGCUUUCAUGUUCGCCUUGUUCUUCGACUUUUACUAUAAAUCAUAUAUAAAGAAAAAUAAAUGAGCUUAUCCGUCAGAUUA